GCCGAUUCUUAUUUUCUUCUUCCUGUCAACACCAGCUACCACCACUAUUUGUCAAAAUGGGAAAGAUUAAGAAGAAGGGAAACUCUGGCCAGGCCAAAAACUACAUUACCAGAACGCAGGCAGUCCGCAAACUGCAGAUUACUCUGCCUGACUUCCGUCGACUAUGUAUCUUUAAGGGUAUCUAUCCUCGUGAGCCCCGGAACAAGAAGAAGGCUUCGAAAACUUCGACCCCCAACACCACCUUCUACUACACCAAGGAUAUCCAAUACCUCCUCCAUGAGCCCCUUUUGGCCAAAUUCCGCGACCAGAAAUCUCUUGCGAAGAAGAUUGCGCGCUCGUUAGGACGUGGAGAAGUUAGCGAUGCUUCGCGCUUGGAGAAGAACCAUGCUCCGAAACUCACACUGGACCACGUCAUUAAGGAGCGUUAUCCCACCUUCAUUGACGCCCUCAGAGACUUGGACGAUGCGCUUUCGCUGUUGUUCCUUUUUGCAAACCUCCCCUCGAGCUCCCACGUGCCUCCCAAGACUAUUGCGCUCUGCCAGCGGGUGACCCAUGAAUUCCAGCACUAUCUGAUCGCUACCAACUCCCUGCGCAAGUCUUUCCUUUCGAUCAAGGGUAUCUACUACCAGGCAACGAUCCAGGGACAGGACAUUAUGUGGCUGGUUCCUUACCGAUUCGUCCAGCGGGUCAACGGUGAUGUCGACUACCGGAUUAUGGCCACUUUUGUCGAGUUUUACACCACCCUCCUGGGCUUCGUUAACUACCGUCUGUAUUCGUCGCUUGGCCUGAGAUACCCGCCCAAGUUUGAUACCCGAAGCGAUGAGAACGGUGCUGAAUUGGCUGCUUUCACUCUGGAGGGCCGGUCUGUUGGCAACGUCCCCAAGGCUAUCGAAGGUAAUAACACAAAGACAAACGCCCUAUCGAACAAGGUUUCGAGUGAGGUCCAGAGUAAGGUGGACAAGGUCAUCCAGGACGCCAGAUUGGAUCAAACAAAGGAUGAGAAGACCGUCGAGACCACCACCGAAGAAUCGAAUGAUGCGAUCGACAAGUUCGAGCCUGCCGCGCCGGAAGCCGAUACGCUAGACCAACCUGACCUGAGCGCAGCCGAUUCUGGCUCUCUCUUCGCCCCCUUCACAGUCUACAUUUCGAGAGAAGCCCCGAAGGCCCCCUUGGAGUUCAUCCUCCGUGCUUUUGGCUGCACCCGGGUUGGCUGGGACGCUGUGUCUGGCGACGGUGCUUUCACGCACGAUGAGACGGACACCCGUAUUACCCACCAGAUUGUGGAUCGUCCUCCUCUUCCCGAGGGCGCUCUCCCGGCUGCUCCUGCUGUCAAGGAUGGUGAUGUGCCACAAGUCAAGCCCGGUACCCGGAUUCCCGGUAGAACCUACGUCCAACCCCAAUGGAUCUGGGACAGCAUCAACGAAGGCAAACUUCUCCGUCCCGACCUUUACGCACCGGGUACCACGCUGCCACCCCAUUUGAGCCCAUGGGUUAAGCCUUCUAGGGCCGGUUACGAUCCUAAGGCCAGUCUGGCCGCUCAGGAAGAAGAGGGCGAGGCUGACCUGGCAGAGGAAGAGAGUGGCAGUGACGAAGAGAUGACGGACGACAAGGCGGACGACAAGGUCGACGAGAAGAAGAACGGAGACGCCAAGGUCGCUGAGGCAUCCGACGAGGAGGAUGACUCCGAAGACUCCGAAGAGGAAGACGGCGGUAUGGAUGUUGACCUUGCCAACUCCGACGAGGACGAAGAGGAGGACGACAGCGAGUCCGCAGAUGAGGACUUCGGUGGUUUCGAAGACGACGCCGCUUCCGAGUCCGAAGACGACGAGGAGGCCGCUCGCACCCGCCACCAGAAGGAACUCGAGGCCGAAGCUGCUGGUCUUCCUUUCUCGUCUGCCAACGGCGGCGCAGACGAGAAGGCCAAGAAGAAGUCCUCGCAGGCGAAGAAGAUCGCCGCUAAGAAGCGCAAGGAGGAGGAAGAGCUGGAGAGACAGAAGAUGAUGAUGAGCCGUAAGAAGCGGAAGCUGUUGGAGAAGAUGAUGUACUCGAACAAGAAGCAGUCCGAUGAGGCGGCGAAGCUGCGGUCGAAGAGAAGAAAGCUUGAAAAGGGUGAGAAGGGUGAGAAAUAGAUGAGAGAAGA